AAGACGUCAAUGGUCGGAAUUCAGCGGGAAGACCUGCGGUCGAAACAUUUUUCUUUACUUGAUCUUUGUUUUUGUUUUUGUCAUAAAAACAAAUGACAUGGCUACCUCGUAUGAUGGAAAAGUUCCACUGGGACAAGGCGGCUACGGCUCAGUUUUUCCUGGUACAUUCGAAGGCCGUGAAGUGGCUGUCAAAAGAGUUGAAGUGUAUCGUCUUGGCAACAACAACGAAGAAGAAAUUCUAAAACAAUUAAAUCAUCCGAAUAUCGUCAAACUCUUCCACUGUGAAGUCGAUGCCAAUUUCAAGUAUUUUUAUCUGGAACGCUGUGCUGCUUCGUUAGAUCAAGUGUUUCUACAUCCAGACGACCCUAAAAAAUACAAAGGACCUAAAUUACCAUACCAUUACCGCAUUUUCUCUCAGUUAGCAUCAGGCCUUGAGCACAUCCACUCCAAAAACGUAACCCAUCGAGACAUUAAACCAGAAAACGUUCUCAUCUUCGUGGAUUCUACUGACCAAUGCGAUGAGCCGAUAAUCAAAUGGGCCGACUUUGGACUCUCCAAGCCCGUCAAUGAGCGGGGCACGUACACGUUGAGUGGAGUAAGAGGAACCCGUAAUUGGUACGCCCCCGAGUUGUUGAAAUGUCCCCAUAACGCACAAGCACAAGCAGCGGAGGGGCACCGAGGCACCAUCAAAAGUGAUGUUUUUGCUCUAGGCCUCGUCUUCGGUUACCUUCUCCUCAACGGGCAACAUCCGUACGGUGGUUCUGAAGAUGAAAUUCGUAAAAAUCUAAUGAAAACGAAAACGAUUAAAUUCAAGGGCAUUUAUCACUUACACUACGCUUAUGAUUUAAUGAAGAAAAUGUUGGACCACGAACCCAUAAAUAGAAUUACAUCAUCCGACGUCGUUAAACAAUUGGCAUUGAAAAAGUAUAAGAUUGAUGGGCAAGAAAAGGAAUUUUUCAAACUGUGUGCGAAUGAAAAUGUGGCAUCGAAUCUCAACGAGAAACUUGACGAUUUCAUUCGAAAGGGAAUCAACGUAAAUGCAAACGACAAGCACGGGUGCAACGCGCUUCACAUUUUGUGCGAAAACAAUUCAAAGGAAAACUUAACGGCCGCUAUGAAACUUUUGAUCCAACGUGGAAUUGACAUUAAUGCAAAGAAUGAUUGCGGAAACAACGCCCUUCAUGUUCUAUGCGAGUUCAAUUCAAGCGAACAUCUUUUGGACGCAAUCAAAUGUUUGAUCCAACACGGAAUCAAUGCGAAUGACAAGAAUGCAUUUGAUGAGAAUGCCCUUCAUAUUUUAUGUAGGCACAAUUCAAACGUAAACUUGUACAACGCAAUCAAACUCCUAGUUGACAGCGGAAUCGAUGCAAACGAUAAAGAUGACGACGGCCAGAACGCACUUCAUUUAAUAUGCAAAAACAAUUCGAGUGAAAAUUUACUCGAAACAACUGAGCUUUUGAUCCAGUUAGGGGUAGAUGUGAACGCACAGGACGCAGACGAAUGGAACGCUCUUCAUUAUUUGUGUAAACAUAAUUCCAGCGAAAAAUUAAUGGAAACAAUUGAACUCGUAAUCCAACACGGAAUCGAUAAGGCACCUGGUGGUAUUGACGCGCUGUCUCUCCUUCGCGACAAUGACAGUCAACAAAAUGUCGAUGACAUUAUAAACUACUUCCGCACGACCGUCCCGUUGGCUCCCAAUGAGAUAAACAUGGACCAAAUUUGAUCGACAUUUUCCGUCUGGCAAUGAAUGCCCACUUUACACUUGUCAUAAAACAGGGGCUGUAACGUGUUUAC